AUGGCCGGAGAUGAAGAUGCUUUACAGUGUGAACCAGUGCAACAAGGCAGUAUCAAAUCUAGUCAAAGCAAUGAUCACGGAGAAUCAAGUAGCCAUGUUGAUAAAGCAAGCAAAACUACUGGUGGUAGUAGUAAUAUUAGGAAAUAUCAAGAAAACGGCAAUCAAUUGCUACCUAAAUGGCAGCUCUUACUUGUCAGUUGCACCAUUUAUGCUACCCAAUUUUCGUAUGCCAUUGCUACUGCUUAUGUUAUCCCCAUAUUUUAUAAACUAAAUAUGAACAUGACUUUUGCCAGUAUGAUUUGGUCAAUUAGUCCCAUUUUAUGCUUAAUAUUUCAACCCAAAGUGGCCAUCUUAAGUCAUGGUUGCCAUAGUCGAAUGGGCCGUCGAAGGCCAUUUGUAUUAAUUUUCGCUGUUGGUGUAAUUAUUGGACUUAUUUUUAUUGCUAACGGCGAAUCGAUUGGUCGCCAUGCUCACACUGACAAUGAUCACUACCAUCCAUGGGGAAUCGUUUUUACUGCUUUAGGCGUUGUUUUAACUGAUUUUUCAACUGAUACCUGUCAAAUUGCAACGCGAUCCUACAUGUUGGAUGUUACUCCAUCAACUCAGAGACAAUUCGCAAUUAAUCUCUUUGCUGUCGUUGCUGGCUUUGGCAGCUGUUUGGCGUAUAUGUUAAGCGCUAUUGACUGGCUAUAUACACUAGAUGAUCAAAUUCAAGUGGUCUUCAAUAUUGCCAUUAUUAUGUUUGUUAUAUGUACUGGAUUAACCUUAAUCAGCAUGAGAGAGCCGAGUACUCGUCCCUCAAGAGGCUUAACUAAUAUGCAAGGAGGCAACCGCUCAAACGGUUAUAGCAAUAAUCAUACAUAUCAACAGCUAGAAACGGAUGAAAACCAAGCGAAUCGGAAAGAAAAAUAUCAACAAGGCGAAAGUAAUUCUUCCGCAGAAAGACGAGAUAAUAACGAAGAGGAGGAUGAUGAUGCAGAGAGUUAUGAUGAAAUUACAGACCAAGAUUUAAAUGAUUCACAGCCCAUUACUUUCUUUCUCAUUCUAAAAUCAUUCUUGACGAUGCCUAAACCAUUACUAUUACUAUGCAUCACUCAAUUCUUUGGUUGGUCUGCGUUUGUUAGCUAUCAAUUAUUUUUUACUCAAUAUGUUGGCCAAGUUAUCUAUAUUGAUAAUCACAACAUUAAUUUUAAUUUCAACAUUAAUCAAACCUAUUUUAAAACUGGUAUCCAAUUGGGUUGUUGGGCCUUGCUGUUACAUUUCAUCUCAUAUUCUAUAUUGGCUUUCCUGAUGAAAUUCAUCAUUAAUUUGAUUGAUAUUCGUAUUGUUUACAUUCUGAGCCAGUUUACAUUUGCAGUUGCUAUGGCCAUUAUUGGUAGUGUAGCCAAUACUUCCGCCGUUUUAGUUUUAUCGGCACUGUCAGGAUUACACUUGGCAGCUUUAAUUUCUUUACCCUUUAUGUUGGUCUCAAGCUAUCAAAACUCUGUCAAUGCUAAGAAUUCCGAAAGAGAAACAUUGGGAGGUGGUAAAAGUUUUUUUAUACCUCAAUGGCGAAUCGAUUUAUUUAUAGCUGCAUUAACAAGUCUUGCUUAUGUAGCACAAGCUGUGGUCUGCCUUAUCAUGGGAGGUAUCAUUACUGCUAGCGGCACAUAUAAUGCCAUUAUUGUAGUAGCUGGUGUUUUAGCUGGUCUUUCUACUAUUUGCUCUAUCAUUUUAGCUGUUAAUGUCUCGCCUACUUGUUGCAGUCAAUACAACGAUCCUGAUCAUUUUUCUCCUAUGUAUACUCGAUAA